UGGACAGAACUGAGGGGGCAGUAGAGAGCCACCAGUCCGGAGAUGUGACCUGAAUUGAAACAGUAGAAGAAGAAGCUCCACACUGUCUCCACGUGAAGAAGCAGCAUGUCUCCACCGGGAGGAAAGAUAAACAGACCGAAAACUGAACUCGGUAGGAAUCUGUUCAAGCGGCGGCGAGUUCUGAGCAGAGAGAAGAGGAAGAGACAUCAGAUCGUCGGCGCCGUGGUCGAUCAGGGUCUCAUCACCAUCCAUCACCUGAAGAAGAGAAAUUCGAGUCCACGAGCGAACAUCACACUGUCUGGGAAGAAGAAACGAAAGCUGAUCAAACAGCUGCAGCACAUGAAGCAGGAGAAGGCCUCUAUGGAAGUUGAAGCACCAACGAAGAAGCAGGACUCAUCAUCUGCUCCAACCACGAAGAAGAAGAAGAAUAAAAAUAAAAAGAGAGCAGCUGGAUCUCAGGAUGACGUAGAGAUGGCCGACACUGAAUGAAGAGACCAAGAGAAUCAUCUGUUGAUGCAGAGCAGCGUCACACCUUUCACCUUAACCAAUGGGAACGGGACGCUCACCUGAACCAAUGGGAAUGGGACAUUCACCUUCGAACUGAACUCUGAAAUACCAUCGAGUGGUUCGUCUGAACAAACGUCCAGUUUGAGACGAUGAGAAGAUGCUGAAAGAUUCAAAGAUACACAAGGAUAAGGAAGACCAUUAACGCCAGGAAAACUUUGAGAUGAUAAACCUAAAGAUACUCAUGUGAAAUUAUUAAUUUAUCACAUCAGAAUUCAGUAAAAGAAAUUAUUAGAUUUCCUAAAUCAAACUUACGAGACAGUAAGUCAAAUUCAAAAAGUUAUGAGAUAUCAUUUUUGACUCAGUAUAUCUAAUAAUUAAAGUAAAAUAAUUUCAACUUAGUCAAAAAUGUGUCUUACUGUCUCAAAAUUUUGACUUGCUAUUUAACAAUUGUUAUUGUUAAAUUUAUCUGUUAAUUUGGACCGACCAAAGGUAUUUUUAGUUUUGUCAUUCCUUAAAUUUAUUCUGGUUUUAUUGUUUUUAAUUUCUUGUCAGAAACGGACUUCCAUAGAACCAUGUUCACCGUCAGAAUAAAUACUUUAUCUUAAAGUUGUCACUAUAUUAAGUUAGUUAAAGUCAUUGUUUAUGUCACAGAUCCUUCAAACUUGUAAAAAUAAUAUUUCAGUUUAAUAAUUCAAUAAAACUGUUCAUUACUGGUAACAUUUAA